AUGAUUCCCCUAAGCACUCAAAGAGCCUCAUCAUCAGUACCGCCGUCUUCUUCCACUUCCCCAAGACCUCGAUGGAUACAUGAUGUUUUCCUCAAUUUCCAUGGCGAAGACACCCGCAAGAGUUUUACAGACCAUUUAUAUAUUGCUUUAGAAAAGAAAGGUAUUAUCACCUUUAAAGACGACGAGAAACUUGAGCGAGGAAAGUAUAUUUCUCAAGAGCUCUUGAAAGCAAUACGUGAAUCCAUGUAUGCCAUCCCCAUUAUCUCAAAAAACUAUGCUUCCUCAAGAUGGUGCUUGAUUGAACUUGCCCAGAUUGUCGAAUGCAUGAGAGAGACGGGUUUGACAAUUUUGCCUGUUUUCUACCAUGUUGAUCCCUCUGAGGUACGAAACCAAACUGGGGCUUUUGCAGAAGCUUUUGCUAGGCAUGAAGAAGACCCUAAUAUUGAUAUGGAGAAGAUACAAAUGUGGAGAGUUGCUUUGAAAGAAGUGGGCAACAUAUCUGGAUGGCAUUUUCAUCUUAGGUUGAGGAUGCAUGAUUUGCUACAAAAAAUGGGUCAAGAAAUAAUUUAUGAUGAAUCCCCCGAAGAACCUGGCCGGCGUAGCAGAUUGUGGCAUUAUAAGGAUGUCCUUCACGUGUUGAAGAAUAAUACUGGAACUGACGUGAUUGAAGGCAUGGUGCUAAACUUACCUAAUCAAAAUGAGGAUUAUUGA